AUGGCCAAGGGCUCGCAACUCUCGCAACUCAAGUCUGCACUCUCACAGGCCGGGAUCACCAAACCGCCCGAAAACAAGAAGAAACGCAAACGCGCGCAGAAUGAAGAAAAGGAACGCGCGAAGAGGGCUGAACGGCUGAAGGAUAUUCAGUCCAAGCUCAAUCCGUUUGAUGUGAAGGUUACCAAGCUCAAGCACGAUGUCGGCGGGAGGAAGCUCAGGGGCGUCACUGGAAAGCCGGCGCAGAGCAAACAGGCUGGAAUCGAACAGCGCAAGAAAACACUACUACAGGAGGUCGCCGAACGUGGACGGGUAGGCGGCAUCGUCGACCGUCGCUUCGGCGAGAACGAUCCGACGAUGACGCCCGAGGAACGUAUGCUCGAGCGCUUCACCCGCGAGAAGCAGCGGGCUUCGCGAGGAGCCGCGUUUAAUCUCGAGGACGAGGACGAGCUCACGCAUUACGGUCAAAGUCUAUCUAAACUUGACGAUUUUGACAAUGCCGGGCUCACGCUCGAUGACGAGGACGAGGACGUCCGAGGCCAAAUCGACGAGUCCACCGUCGGGCGUGCUCACUUUGGAGGCUUUGAGGACGAUCAAGACGGUUCUGAGCCCGACCGCAAGAAGAGCAAGGCGGAGGUCAUGGCUGAAGUUAUAGCAAAGAGCAAAGAACAUAAAAUACAACGCCAAGAACAGAAGGACGCGGAUGACAACGUCCGCCACCAACUUGACCAGGAGCUCGACUCUAUCCGCUCAUUACUCCUCAAACCUGAUCCUGUCUCCGAAUCGCUUGUCAAAUCAAGCGAUGGCUUGAAUACUGGGAAAGCUGCGGAAAAGGACCAGGAGUACGAUCAGUUCAUCCGCGAACUCGUCUUCGAUAAGCGUGCCCGACCGAAGGAUCGUUUAAAGACGGAGGAAGAGCUUGCCUUGGAGGAAAAGCAGAAACUGGAAAAGGAGGAGCGGAGAAGGAUACGGAGGAUGAACGGAGAGGACGACGCGAGUGGUAGUAGUGAGGAUGAGGGAUGGAGCAGGAAGCGGAAGAGGGAGAGGGAGAGGGAGAGGGAGGACAGGGGUGGCGACGAUCUGGAAGACGACUUCAUGUUAGAGGUUGAUGGAGGGCUGGGGGCGGGGCUGGAGGAAGAGAGCGGCUUGGAGGAGAGCGAUGAGCAGGAGAGUAGCGAAGGGGGUUUAGAUGAAGAUGCUGGUAGUGGGGGUGGGGCUGUAAGUGGGAGACGGAGAGGGUCCAUCGUUCCUGAAGAGGACGAUCAGGAGGAGGAAGAAGACGCAGAUGAGCCGGCGCCGAAGCGACGUCGGACCACACCCUUGAAAGCAAUAGAGCUUCCAUUCACGUUCCCUUGUCCAUCUACGCACGACGAGUUCCUGGACAUCGUCGAGGGUGUAGAGGACGUCGAUAUUCCUACUGUUGUGCAGCGCAUACGCGCUCUCUAUCACCCUAGUCUUGGGGUUGAAAACAAGUACAAGCUUCAGACUUUCAUCGGUGUCCUCAUCGAUCACGUACUCCAUGCUGCAGCGCCUCCAACGCCACGCUUUACCCUCGUCUCCGCGCUCAUACCCCACAUAUACGCAUUGACCAAGGCUUAUCCCAUCCAGUCGGGAGAACUUUUUGUUGCCAAGCUAAACCUCAUGAACAAAAAUCUCAAACGUGGACUGAAUCGAGGUGCCAGCAAUCCCGACUCACGAACAUGGCCCGGACUAGCCGAGCUCGCCCUCUUGCGCGCUAUAGGACUCGUCUGGCCAACGAGCGACAUGAACCAUGCAGUCAUCUCGCCAACACGGCUACUCAUGGGUUCAUAUCUCGGACUCUGCCGCGUGAGAUCUCUACAAGACCUAGCUUGUGGUCUCUUUCUCUGCACGCUCUUCCUACAGUUCGAGCAUUUAUCGAAACGUCUCGUACCGGAAGUUGUCAAGUUCCUCAUCAAUGCUGUCUUGCAUCUUGCUCCGCACCAUCACGAUCGCGCGACAUCGCUACCCGGUUCCCCCCCGCAUCCGGACUUCAAGGUUGACACGAUUCAAGGAUUGAUGAUCGACACCAAAGCUGCAGCUAAUAUGUCUGUGCGUGCGGCGGCUUUGGACCGACUGCUUACUUCGUCGGAUGGCGACGAUCAGGACAGAGUUAACCUUUUGGGUCUGACGGUCAACCUCUUGUGCUGCUCGGCACAACAGAACAAGGACCUCGACGCAUUCGUCGAGUUGUAUCAGCCCAUUCACAGCAUAUUUCAGAGGGUCAAGUUUAACAAGUUGUCGAAGGAUCUUCAGGCGAAGUUCGACUCGGCGACCGACAUCCUUGGCCGUUUGCUCAAGUUCUCGAGACAGGCGCGCCAGCCUCUCCGCAUGCAAGCCCACAAGCCUAUCCCGAUCCCCUCAUACACCCCCAAAUUCGAAUCUACGUCCUCUUCAUAUCUCCGCACUCAAGACGCGGACCUUGAAGCUAUCCAAGCCUCUAAAUUGCGCAAACAGUACAAGCAGGAACGCAAGGGCGCUAUCCGCGAACUUCGGAAGGACGCGAGGUUCUUGGCGGGAGUGGAACAGGAGAAGCAGCGGGAGAAGGAUGCGGCGUAUUCGUUGAAUCUAAAGCGCGCCUACGGUGCCAUCGAGAGCGAGAGGGCCGAAGAGAAGGCUAUGGAGAGGGAGAAGGCGAGGGAGAAGAGGCGCGCGGGCCGAAAGUGA